GAUGGCAGCGCAGCGGCUGGGCAAGCGCGUGCUGAGCAAGCUGCAGUCCCCGUCGCGGGCGCGCGGCCCGGGGGGCAGCCCCGGCGGGCUGCAGAAGCGGCACGCGCGGGUCACCGUCAAGUACGACCGGCGGGAGCUUCAGCGGCGGCUGGACGUGGAGAAGUGGAUCGACGGACGCCUGGAGGAGCUCUACCGAGGCAGGGAGUCAGAUAUGCCAGACGAGGUCAACAUUGAUGAGCUGUUGGAAUUGGACAGUGAAGCUGAGAGAAGCCGCAAAAUCCAGGGACUCCUGGAGUCUUGCACAAAUCCUACAGAGGACUUCAUCCAGGAGCUGCUGACCAAGCUUCGGGGCCUGCACAAGCAGCCGGGGUUCCCGCAGCCGGGCCCCUCAGAGGACCGCAGCCUGAGCCCCCGCCAGGACCGGGCCCACACUGCCCCACCCUGAGGCCGCCCGCCUCCGCGCCCCGCCCCCAGAGCCCAGAUUGUUUCCAAGUUGUAUUUAACGGUUCCGUAAAGGCC